AUGGGGUUGCGCACGGGUCUCAUCAUUGGGACAACCUCCUUUCUGCUGGGCACGCUCGCCAUGCACUGGACCGCCGAUCAUCUCAUCCUCUGGCAAUCACCCGUCACGUACGACUCGGUCGUGACCGCAUACACCUACUACCAGGACACCAUGGUCGACAUGCCACUCGUCUUCCAAAGGCUUUUGCACGGUUCCGGCACGCUAGUAGCGCUGCUCAUCAUCUCCAAGGCACUCGGUGGUCGUGAGAGCAACUGGCUCUUUGACGGUGCCUCGCUCUUCCUCUUUGGCGCUGCUGGACUCGUCUACUACCACAAGAUCGUGCCCAGUCUGGCAACGCUACCGCCAAAAGCUCCUUCGCCAGGAUCCGCCGCUGUCGAUGCAAGAGACGCCGUGUUUGCUCCCUUGAGAGAGAUCGCAACCUCGCAUACUGUCCUCGCAGUCGCCCUCGUCGGUGUCAUCAUCUUGCAAAGCGGGCAGUACUACAGCGAACGUCUGGAGGAACGCGAGCGCAUCGAGGAAGACGAGGCUCGCAUUCGAAGACGACAACGUCGACGCGAGCAGGAAGAGAAGCGCAAGGAUCAAGUGCAAUCCGCCACCCCGUCUCAAUCCUAG